CUUCGGCCUUUUCCUGGCGGUGCUGCAGGCUCUCGCCUCUUCCCACCCUGCACGCCGCAGUGCUCGACCCUGGGCCUCCGGGCGGGCUGCCUCCGUUAGGGCCACCCCUGGCCUCCGGGCGCGACUUUCAUUGAUCUCAGAAUUUCUUGGCUCCUUUUGGCCUCUGCAGCCUGGCUGGAGGCUGCCCUGCGGAAUCAGUGAAUAAGGGAAACAGCAACAGUCACGUUAGGCAAAAGCUGAUUUGGACAGUGCCACUGGUUCUUUUAACGCACGGCCCUCAGUGCAGCGUCCCACACGCAGGGGAUUGUAGAGGUCCUGAGGUGAAGGUUCACUUUUAAAACUGACUGUAAUCGCCACUGUAAAGACCUUGCCGGACACGUAUUUCCCAGAGAGGCGCCCACAGAGAUAUGGAUCAGAAACUUUCAAAGUUGGUAGAAGAGCUCACAACUUCAGGAGAACCCAGACUAAAUCCUGAGAAAAUGAAGGAACUGAAGAAAAUUUGCAAGUCUUCAGAGGAGCAGCUGAGCCGGGCCUACCGCCUGCUGAUAGCACAGCUGACCCAGGAACACGCCGAGAUCCGCCUCUCAGCCUUCCAGAUCGUGGACGAACUCUUCGCCAGGUCUCACCAGUUCCGGAUGCUGGUUGUUUCCAACUUCCAGGAGUUCCUGGAGCUCACGCUGGGCACAGACCCCGCACAGCCUCUGCCACCCCCCAGGGAGGCGGCACACAGGCUGAGGCAGGCGGCCACCCGGGCCGUGGAAGGGUGGAAUGAGAAGUUUGGGGAGGCCUACAAGAAGCUUGCCUUGGGCUACCACUUCUUAAGACACAACAAAAAGGUGGAUUUUCAAGACACAAAUGCUCGGACUCUGGCAGAAAGAAAGAGAGAAGAGGAGAAGCAGAAGCACUUGGAUAAAAUUUACCAAGAAAGAGCCAGCCAGGCGGAGAGGGAGAUGCAAGAAAUGUCUGGAGAAAUUGAAUCCUGCCUGACGGAGGUAGAGAGCUGCUUUAGGCUGCUGGUGCCUUUUGACUUUGACCCGAACCCGGAGACAGAAUCGCUUGGCGUGGCUUCUGGCACGUUCGAUGCCCUUCACUCCUCCUGCGCGGGCCAGGUGGGCCCUUGCUGGUCUGGCACCCCUGAACCCUGGGAUGGGGAGCAGCCCUGCUGCAGUAGAGACCUGCCUGCCUCUGCAGGCCACCCCAGAGUGGGCGGCAGGGCACAGCCACCCCAGACAGCCACAGGUGACCCCUCAGAUGAGGACGAGGACAGUGACCUCGAGGAAUUUGUGCGGAGCCAUGGGCUUGGCUCACACAAGUACACGCUGGACGUGGAGCUCUACUCAGAGGGCCUGAAGGUGCAGGAAAAUGAGGACAACCUCGCUGUCGUCCACGCCGCCCGCGACACACUCAAGCUCAUCCGGAACAAGUUCCUGCCGGCCGUGUGCUCGUGGAUCCAGCGCUUCACCCGCGUAGGGACCCACGGUGGAUGUUUAAAGCGUGCCAUUGACCUAAAGGCGGAAUUGGAGCUUGCACUGAGAAAAUACAAGGAGCUGAACAUCGAGCCCAAGGGAGGGCAGAGGCACAGGACGGAAGCCCUGGGGAAUGCGGAGGAAGAUGAGGAUGAUGAGGACUUUGUGGAGGUCCCUGAGAAGGAGGGGUAUGAGCCCCACAUCCCCGACCACCUGCGCUCUGAGUAUGGGCUGGAGGCAACACUAGAGAAAGACACGGCUGUGCGCGGCUUGCGGACAAGGAUGAGGAAAGACGAGGAGGAGUCGGACCCCACUUCUGCGGCUGCUCAGCUGCGGCGGCUCCGGGAACACUUGCCCCCACCCUCGUCUGCCAGCCCCCCCAGAGUGUUGCCAGAGCCACAGGAGGCCCAGAAGCUGGCAGCAGAGCGGGCCCGGGCACCCGUGGUGCCCUAUGGCGUAGACCUGCACUACUGGGGCCAGGAGCUCCCCACAGCCGGGAAGAUCCUCAAAUCUGACUCCGAGCACCGCUUCUGGAAGCCCAGCGAGGUGGAGGAGGAAGUGGUCAAUGCCGACGUUUCUGAGAUGCUCCGGAGCCGCCACAUCACUUUUGCAGGGAGGUUUGAGCCUGUGCAGCACCGGUGUCGCGCCCCGAGGCCAGACGGCCGGCUCUGUGAGCGCCAAGAUCGGCUGAAGUGCCCUUUCCACGGGAAGAUCAUUCCAAGGGACGACGAAGGGAGGCCACUCGACCCGGAGGACAGGGCUCGCGAGCAGCGGCGGCAGCUGCAGAAGCAGGAGCGCCCGGAAUGGCAGGACCCUGAGUUGAUGAGAGACGUGGAGGCAGCCACAGGGCAGGAUCUUGGCUCGUCCAGGUACAGCGGGAAAGGCAGGGGGAAGAAGAGGAGGUACCCCAGCCUCACCAACCUGAAGGCUCAGGCCGACACUGCCCGUGCUCGCAUCGGGAGAAAAGUCUUCGCCAAAGCAGCUGUGCGGAGGGUCGUGACAGCCAUGAACCAGAUGGACCAGAAGAAGCACGAGAAGUUUUCAAACCAGUUUAACUAUGCACUGAACUAGAGAGCUGGGCCCAGUGCACUGGCCAUUAGCACCUUCUCCCUCUGCCAGUGUCUCAGGACAGCAGAGUGGGCGUGGGUCUGGGCAGUAACCAUGCUUUGGCUAUUACUGUGUUUGAUGUAAAGAAAUGGCACAUUGAAAUGCCCUGAAGGUCUGGCCGUGCUGCUGCGACAGGGUUCGUCAUCAUCUGGUGACGGGUCUGUCUUCGUAGAAGAGGCCCUCGGGCCUGGAGAUGUGAACACAGGCAGCAGUGCUGUUCCAGAGGGCAUCUGCGAGUCCUCGUGAGGCCAGUGCGUGUCAUGGUGCGGGGUUCAGCACUGACGGAGUGUGCGUGCAGCUCAGCUUUCAGAGCUUGCAUUCCCCAGCUGGGAGGCGACCACUCAGGAACUCUGGGAAACCCACUUUUAUGUAAAUGUUGUUUUUAACACAAACACAAAGGCUAGUGAACCGUUCACUCAUCUGCUUUCUGUUUCUGGCUUUUCAUACAACAUGUGGCCUCUUGUGCCUGGCUUCUUGCACUUGGCAUUCUGUUUUCAGGGUUCAUCUGUGGAGUUCCCCUCCGAUGUAUAAAACAAAGGAGGUGAAAACCUGUCCACGCGGAAGCUCGUGCACACAUGUCCACAGCAGCGUUGAGGGUACUGAACAUCACCUGUGCUCACGGGCCGUUUGUGUAUCUUCUUUGGAGAGGAGUCUAUUCAAAUCUCUUGCCUAUUUUUAAUUGAAUAUUUGUCUUGAGUUGUAGCAGUUUUUUUCUCUCUCUUUUAGAGAUGAGCUUUUGCUCUUACCCAGGCUGAGUGUAGUGGCAUGAUCAUAGCUCGCUGCAGCCUCAAACUCCUGGGCUCAAGCCUCCUCCCACGUCAGCCGCCCAGGUAGCUGGGACUGCAGGCACAUGCCACAACACUUGGCUAAUUUUUUAAAUUUUUUGUAGAGACAAGCUCUCACUGCGUUGCCCAUGGUGGUCUUGAACUCCUAGCCUCAAGCAAUCCUCCUGCUUCGGUCUCCCAAAGUGUUGGGAUUACAGGCACGAGCCACCACUCCUAGCCAGGAGUUUGUAUGUAUAUUGUGGAUACUAGAUCCUCAUGUGAUUUGCAAAAACUUUCUUUUUUCUUUUUUCUUUUUCUUUUUCUUUUUUUUUUUUUUGAGACAGAGUCUAGCUCUGUCGCCAGGCUGGAGUGCAGUGACCCAAUCUUGACUCACUGCAAGCUCCACCUCCCGGGUUCACGCCAUUCUCCUGCCUCAGCCUCCUGAGUGGCUGGGACUACAGGCGUGCACCACCACGCCCAGCUAAUUUGUAUAUUUUUAGUAGACACGGGUUUCACUAUGUUGAUCAGGCUGGUCUUGAUCUCCUGACCUUGUGAUCCACCCACCUCGGCCUCCAAAGUGCUGGGAUUACAAGUGUGAGCCGCCAUGCCGGCCGAUUUGCAAAAACUCUUCCAUACUGUCCUUUCACUUUCUGGAUAGUGUCCUCUGAAGCACAAAAGUUAACUUUGAUGAAGUCCAGCAAUUUAUCUGGGUUUUCCUUGUGUUACUUAUGCUUUUGCUGUCACAUCUCAGAAGCCAUCGCCUCAUCCAAGAUCACAGAGAUUUACACCUGGUUUCUAAUAAGCGUUUUAUAAUUUCAGCUCUUACGUGUAGAUCUUUGAUCUGUUGUGAGUUAAGUUUUGUGUGUGGUAUAAGAGCCCGCAUUCUUUUGCCUGUGGAUAUCCAGUUGUCUCCACACCAUUUGUUGAAAACAUUAUUUUUCCCCAUUGAAUUAUCUUGGCACCCUUAUUUAUAAUCAGUUGACCAAAAAUGUACAGGUUUAUUUCUGGGCACUUGACUCUAUUCCAUUGACCUUCACCUUAUGCCGGUACCACAAUGCCUUGAUCAAUGUUGCUUUGUUGUGAUAAGUUUUACUUUGUUCUAUUUCAAGGCUGUUUUGACUAUUCUGCAUUCCUUGCAUUUCCAAAUGAAUUUUAGGAUCUGCUCAUCAGUUUCUUCAAAAAAAAAAAGCAGCUGAGAUUUUGAUAGGAAUUACAUUAAAUCUAGAGAUUGCUUUGGGAUGUAUUACCAUCUUUUUUUUUUUUUUUUUUUUUUAUGAGACGGAGUCUCGCUCUGUCA